CGUUGGCCAACCUGACUGCAGACGGAGCAGACGACGGGCCGCCAUUUUCCACGAGUACGAGUGCGUCGCGUGGAGACGAUAGAUUGAGCAUUUCGGCAAAUAUGUUGAAUUCAGCGAGCGUGAUCGCUCGCCAAGCGUUGAGGAGGUUCACGACGAGCACGGUCCGCAGGAGCGGUCAUCACGAUCCUUACGAUGGUGUUCCCGGACACAACUUUCCCUUCAGCACGAAAAACAGGCACGUACUGCUGGCUAUUUUUAUGGUCUUUUGCGGCAGCGGAUUCUCCGUUCCCUUCCUCGUGGUCCGACAUCAGCUGAAGAAAUAAGCUUCUGAUAUGUGCAGUGUGUCACCUCGCUAGUCAGGUCACUUGGCUGCAUCGCAUUAGUACAAUAUCCUGCACCAAUGCUGAGAACGUUAUUUGAUUACGCUAGGAUAAUACAUUAGGAAAUGUAUGCGUAUGUAAUAAAGAUGAUUAUUAAUAUCUGAUAAUGUUCAUCAGAUGCAGAAGCUUAUUAAAUUUGUUAUAUUAUUUUAA